CGUCAGAUCCGGAAGUGAUGUGCAGUCAGCAGACUUGAAAACAACAGCUCGGCUCUCCUCUGUGAUUACAGAGCUGCUCGGACUCCCCGGCCUUUCUCUCAGAGCUUCCCCGGCGGAGGAGCACAGGAGGCGGCCAGACAUGUGGAUCCACCCCGAGGAGGUGCUGCUGGCCGGGGCGCUGUGGGUGUCCGAAAGAGCCAACCCGUUCUUCAUCCUGCAGAGGAGAAGGGGGCACGGCCGCGGGGGGGGACUGUCCGGUCUCCUGGUCGGGACUCUGGAUGUGGUUCUGGACUCAAGUGCACGAGUGGCUCCCUACAGGAUCCUGCUGCAGACGGCGGACUCUCAGGUGUACUGGAACAUCGCCUGUGGCUCGUCCAGGAAGGAGAUCACGGAGCACUGGGAUUGGCUGGAGACCAACCUGCUGCAGACCAUCUCCAUCUUCGACAGCGAUGAAGACGUCACCACCUUCGUCAAGGGAAAGAUCUCUGGCAUGAUAGCUGAGGAGAACCGUCUGAACCAGGCGGAGGAGCAGGAGGAGGAUUGUGGGAAGUUUCGAGAGGCGGAGCUGAAGAUGAGGAGGCUGUUCGGGAUGCCUGAUGAAGAGAAGCUGGUGAAUUAUUACUCCUGCAGCUACUGGAAGGGCCGCGUGCCCCGCCAGGGCUGGCUCUACCUGUCCGUCAACCACCUGUGCUUCUACUCCUUCCUGCUGGGCAAGGAGGUGACCCUGGUGGUGCAGUGGACUGAGGUGACCCAGCUGGAGAAGAACGCCACCCUGGUGUUUCCGGAGAGCGUUCGAGUGAGCACGCGUCACACAGAACAUUUCUUCUCCAUGUUCCUGAACAUCAACGACACCUUCAAGCUCAUGGAGCAGCUCGCCAACAUCGCCAUGCGCCAGCUGCUCGACAACGAGGCGUUCGCUGCCGAUCGCUCGCUGCCCAAACCCAGCAAGACGCUGAAGAACGUCUCUGCGCUGAAGAGGGACUUCGACGCCCGGGCAAAGAAUGAGCGUUAUCGGACGAUGUUCCGGCUGACGCAGGACGAGCGUCUGGACGGACACACGGACUGCACGCUGUGGACGCCGUUCGCCAAGAUGCACGUGGUCGGUCAGCUGUUCAUCUCCAACAACUACAUCUGUUUCAACAGCCGAGAGGAGGACCUGUGUCAGCUGAUCAUCCCGCUCAGAGAGGUGUCCAUUGUGGAGAAGGCAGACAGCAGCAGUGUACUGCCGUGUCCAGUCUCCAUCAGCACCAAGAACAAGAUGAACUUCCUGUUCGCCAACCUCAAAGACAGAGACUUCCUGGUUCAACGCAUCUCUGACUUCCUGCAGCGAACGCCCGACAGCUCAUGGGGUGACGUCAGCCCGCUGUCUCUGAUUGGUCACUCGGCGUCUCCAUCUGCAGCGUCUGACUCCGCCCACAAGGGGCAACAUUUCCACCCUGGUCUUCCCACAGUCAGCCAGGGUCUGCUGCAGCUCUACCACAAAGACGCCCCCGAGGACCUGGGACCAAAAGCCAUGAAGGAGAAGAUGAAGGAGGAGGCGUGGAACAUCCACUUCUCAGAAUUUGGUCGUGGGGUCUGCAUGUACAGAACCUCCAGAACCCGAGAACUGGUCCUCAACGGGAUCCCAGAACGCCUGCGAGGAGAGCUGUGGCUACUGUUCUCCGGUGCACAGAAUGAGAUGGCGGCUCACCCUGGUUACUAUGGCGACCUGGUGGAGCAGGCGAUGGGGCUGUGCUCAUUGGCGACCGAGGAGAUCGAGCGCGACCUUCACCGCUCCAUGCCGGAGCACCGCGCCUUCCAGAACGAGACCGGCAUCGCAGCACUGCGCCGCGUCCUCACCGCCUACGCCCACCGCAACCCGGGCAUCGGGUACUGUCAGGCCAUGAACAUCGUCACCUCUGUGCUGCUGCUCUACUGUCCAGAGGAGGACGCUUUCUGGCUGCUGGUGGCGCUGUGUGAGCGGAUGCUGCCAGACUACUACAACACCAGAGUCGUAGGAGCUCUGGUGGAUCAGGGGGUGUUUGAGGAGCUGACCCGGGCCUUCCUCCCUCUGCUGUACGAACACAUGCAGGAGCUGGGAGUCAUUUCCACCAUCAGCCUGUCCUGGUUCCUCACACUCUUCCUGUCUGUGAUGCCCUUCGACAGCGCCGUCCUAUUGGUCGACUGCUUUUUCUACGAAGGCAUCAAGGUCAUCUUCCAGGUGGCGCUAGCUGUUCUUCAUGACAACAUGGAUGCCCUGCUGUCCUGUAGCGACGAGGGGGAGGCCAUGACCAUCCUGGGCAGGUACCUGGAUAACGUAGUAAACAAGCAGACAGUGGCUCCGCCCAUUCCUCACCUGCACGCCCUGCUGACGAGCGGAGAUGAACCGCCCCCUGAGAUCGACGUGUUUGACCUCAUCAAGGCGUCCUACGAGAAAUUCGGCACCCUGCGAUCUGAUGUCAUCGAGCAGAUGAGGUUCAAGCAGAGGUUAAAGGUCAUUCAGUCGCUGGAGGACACGGCCAAGAGGAGCGUGGUGAGAGCGAUGAUGACGGAGUCGGCUUUUAGUAUUGAGGAGCUGGAAGAGCUGUACUGUCUCUUUAAGUCCAAACACAUGACCAGCUGUUAUUGGGGGUCCAGUAGCUCAGCUGCAGACCGCCAUGAUCCCAGUCUGCCCUACCUGGAGCAGUACCGCAUAGACCCCGCACAAUUCAGUGAGCUGUUCACGGCCCUCGCACCUUGGAUCUGUGGAGGCCACACCCACACACUGUCAGCUCGCGUCUUCAGACUUCUGGACCAGAACCAGGACGGGCUGGUCAACUUCAAAGAGUUUAUCACUGGACUCAGUGGGAUGUAUCACGGAGACAUGACUGAGAAACUGAAGCUUUUGUACAAGCUCCACCUCCCACCAGCUUUGUGUCCAGAGGAGGCAGAGUCUGCUCUAGAGGCCACAAACUUCUUCACUGAGGAUGCCCGAGGUGAGGAGAGGAAGGAUGGAUGCAGAGACUGUGAGGAUAAGAAAGUUUCAGAGGACCGUGUGAAGGACUACAGGUACUACCUGAGGAUGUGGGCUAAAGAAAAAGAACCAAAGACAGAAACCAUCAAAGACCUGCCGAGGAUGAACCAGGAGCAGUUCAUCGACCUGUGUAAGACCUUGUAUAACAUGUUCAGCGAGGAGCCUCUGGAGCAGCAGCUCUAUCACUCCAUCGCCACGGUGGCCAGCCUGCUGCUGCGGAUCGGAGAGGUCGGUAAGAAGUUCAACAACGGCAGUAAGAGGACGGAGCCCGCCGCACAGGCCCCGCCCCCUGAGCCUGCAGAGGAGGAGGAAGGGGGGUCGGCUGAGUCUCAGGUGUGCCGGGCUCUGGCAGAGGCUCAGCUGGAGCCGGCAGCUCUGCCGGCAUCCGAUGAGGAGACCAAAGACGACACGUCCGUCUCGUCGUACUCAGUGGUGAGUUCCGGCUCGCUGCAGUGCGAGGACAUUGCCGACGACACUGUGCUGGUCGGGGACGGUGGGCAGAGGCCGGGCAGCGUGCUGGAUGUGGACUGGUCCAUCACUUUUGAGCAGGUUUUGGCCUCGCUGCUGACGGAGCCGCCGCUCGUCGACUACUUCGAGAGGAAGAGGGACAUCCAGAGCAAGAUGGCGGCCUGCAAGGCCCAGCGAGCUGUGGAGCGUCAGACCAGCUCCACCUCUGACCAUGAACUGGCUCAGCACUCUGUGUGACCUCCUGAUCCACACCUGUCCAGGUAUCAGACUGAAGAGCAGGUUAGAUGGUUGAGGAGGUAGAGAGCAGUGACUUGGUCUCUUUGAUACUUUGAGAACAACGAUUCUUUAAAACGACUGAAUGAAGAGCUCUAACUGUUUAUUAAUCACAAAGUAUUAUUACUCUUACGUAUUUCUCCCAGGUGACUUCACACCUGCAGACUUUUAUUGUGACGUCACUGAAGCCUUGUUUGUCCGAUGCCUUUCUGAUGACAUCACAUCUAUUUACUUCCUGUUUACGCCGUGAUGUCAGCAGACGUUUUUAUCGUGUUUAUUCUCCUCUGUUGUCUGAAUUUAUUCAUGAAUCUGAUUUUUAAUCUAAAAGUGUUGGUCAGUACUUGAUCUGUUAUCUGUUGUCUAAUAAAAAAGGUGACAUUUCU